AUGCGAGUUCAUAAUCUCCUCGCUGGUUUGCUCGGCCUCGUUGGUCUUGCCAUCGCUGCGCCCACACCACAGUCCUCCGCCGUCCAGCUCGUCCCCAACGUCUCUCAACCCACGAUCGAGUCCAAUCUCUUGCCUGGAGCGGCCCCUCAAUGCAGUACCUUAGACCCCGAAAAAUGGCUUAUUCAUGUCUGCGGCAGGCACGUCAUCACCAACCUUCUGGGUGUCAACUUACUGAACCAUUGCACGGCCCUUAGUCACGCUGUUGCACAUGAAGUCAUUGAUACGUCUCAAUCAGACGGUAUCAUCUGCUUUUUCUACGAUGGCAGUAACCACUGCAAUAGCGAGCAUAUGAUCGCUACCGUUAACCGCCAUACCGACAUCCCUGCCCCGUUCGGUAAGCGGGCUGAGUUUGUAAUGUGCAGGAGAAAACAGAUGGGAGAUGCUGCUGAGAUUGAGGCCAGAGGGGCGCAUGACUCCUCUCCUGACCUUGACUCUUUCGUUCAGCCCGACGAAAGCCGAGCACUCGUCUCUCCAGUCUCCAACUGCAUCACACCCGACUCCAGGAACCACUUUCUGAAUAUCUGCACUGAGGAUUCCUACGGCAACGCUUUUCCAAAGAGGUGGAUAGAUACGUGUGUGCAGCUUUCUCCAAAUGUUGCGCAUCAUGUCACCAUCAUCGUCCAGAAGGCGGGAUUGAUGUGCAAGUUCUACGACGACAGCAACGGGUGCAGUGGCAAUGUACGGUAUAUCACCAGGACCAUUGAUAAGUCUCAUCGGUUUGAGCCACCCGCAGAGUUUGGCAAUGACCUCAAGUACGCAUUGUUUCGAAGGGGCGAGUGGAAGAGGGAUGCUGGCGAGCUUGAGCUUGAAACCCAUAACGAAGAUGUGACUCUCGAUACGACCACCGAUCAGUCCACCGGGGCGGAUACCAAUGAAGUCACCACCUCCACCAAGACGCAGUAUCUCCUUGCGAGGAUCUCCAGCGACAUUACCAGUAUCGAGCUCAAGGAAAACUCCAUGUACAUCUGCACCAGGCUCAGCGAUCGCGUCGGCCGUCGUGUCACGCACACGACCCAGCAUAACUUUGCUGCCUGCCAAUUCUUCGCAUCCGACUGCGAUGGCGCUCCUCUCCUCACCCUCAAACCCAAUAUGUUCGGAUACCUUGAUCAGGCCAUCUCAUCGGACGUUGGCAGCCAGAUCACACACAUCAAGUGUGGAAUCUAUGGCUUUCCUAACGUCAGUGCACGAGAUGAGGAUACGUCCUCUGACGUCGCCGUCCACACUGCCUCCGAGGCAGAUCUGCCACUCAUCGCCAAAAUCACCAGUAGCACUACUAGCAUGGAUAUUGACGAGGGACUUGCUAACCGUUGUAAAAAGCUCAACAACCACGUGGCUCACGACGUAAAACACACGUCUCUACGACACGACAUCAUCUGUGUCUUUUACGAGAACGGCUGCGGAGCUGGUCGCAAGCUUCUUGUCGCUAUCAGGCCCAAGGACGCGGCUUACUCGGACGAACCGAUGGCGUCGGACCUUGGCAAGAAGAUGACACACGUCAAGUGUGGUAUCUGGAACAUGCCUGAGGAGACGGAGAUGCCUCACGGCUCUAUUGACAUGUAUGCGCGCGAUGAGGAUGCGUUCGCCGCCGCCGCCGCCGACAUUAUAUACGCCACAGACCCAGAUACUGCCGACGAUUCGGCCGUCACCGACGUCGUGUCAGAGUUGCUAACAAUCAAUCCAAACUGA